AUUUAUGAAAUUUCAAGCAAUUAAUGGAACCCGAAUUCAGUAGUUUAAACUGUGGGGAAAAGGUAAAAGAGAAACUGUUUUCAAGCUUUGAUGUCUCUAAGUCAUCCUUUAAUGCAUUCUCUAGAUCAUCCGGAUUCGGAACCACCACUUGAUUGGAAAACAAGGAAGCGAAUUGCACUGGGAGCUGCAAGGGGGCUUGCUUAUUUGCAUGAUCACUGUGACCCUGAGAUCAUCCACCGUGAUGUGAAAGUUGAAAAUGUAUUGUUGGAUGAGGUAUUUGAAGCUGUUAUUGGAGAUUUCGGGCUGGCUAAACUUAUGGGUAAGGAAAAUACGCAUGUCACCACUGCUGUAUGUGGCACAAUUGGGCAUAUAGCCCCCGAGUACUUCUCAACUGGAAAGUCAUCAGAGAAAACCGAUGUUUUUGGGUAUGGUAUCAUGCUUCUCGAAAUCAUCACUAGACAGAGAGCUUUUGAUCUUGUUCGGCGUGCUAACAAUGAGAAUGUCUUGUUACUUGAGUGGGUGAAAGGGCUUCUGAAAGAUAAAGAGUUGGAAACAAUGGUUGAUUCUGAUCUUCAGGAUGCCCACAUGCAAGACGAGGUGGCAGAGCUAAUCCAAUUGGCUCUCCCGUGCACCCGAGCGGACCCUGCAAAUCGACCAAAGAUGUAUGAAGUGGUUAGGAUGCUUGAAGGUAACGGCUUGGCUGAAAGAUGGGAAGAACGGCAACAAGAGGAAAUAGACCAUCAAGAUAGUAACCAUACCAUUCACCCGAACAUUCACUGGGUGAUUGAAAACUUGUCCGCCAUUACUCCAGACGUGUGAUCCGGUCCUAGAUGACCCUUUCAUGGUUGUGACAAGUUCUUCGGUACCACGUUUUAUAGUUUCCAGUUGCAUUGUUCCUCAUCUGAGUAUCAUUUGCACGAAAAGGAGAUGUCGGCCAUAUAAGCAUGGGCU